AUGGACUGGAACGGCGGUUAUUUGUCAAUUUCGAGUUUUCUUUCUUUUUACCUCCUGACGCAGAAUACUUCUAUUUCCUCACGCUACGCUCUUGCCUUUUGGUCAGUUAUCAUGCUGAGUAUUGUUCAAGGAGUCUCUGCACCACAUCGAACCCCUUGCGCUUCGGUUUCGCGUAUGACUAUGAUGCUGCCAGGUCAGAACGGUAUCGCGUCCGGUUGGUCAAGCGAAUCUAUAGGUAGCGCUUGUCCGGGUCUGAACAAUCAUGGAACUUCUACGUGUGCCAUGAUGCAGGAAAGACCAAGAAGGUGCCAAGCACUAAUAUAA